AUGGAGUCUCUGGCCGGGUACGUGUACAAGGCAGCCAGUGAAGGUCGAGUCCUGACCCUGGCCGCGCUGCUCCUGAACCACUCCGAGGGGGAGACCCGGUACCUGCUCGGGUUCGUGACCCAGUUAGCCGGACAGAGGUCCACUCCGCUCAUCAUCGCGGCCCGGAACGGACACGACAAGGUGGUCCGGCUGCUCCUGGACCACUACAGGGUGGACACGGAACAGACCGGCACGGUCCGCUUCGACGGGUAAGACCUGGUCCACGUAGACCUCCGAACUCCUGAUAAGUUCUACUGGUUCUGCUCCGUCAGGUUGGACUGUAAAUCUGUGUUUAAACUCUGUUCUUUUAAUAGAAACACACAAACUUAUUUUAACCUCAGCGGUCAGUUUAGGGAGCAAAACUUCAGUCAAAUGAAAGAGAGAGUAGAACCAGAACCAUCAGAACCAUAAAGAGAGAGUAGAACCAGAACCAUCAGAACCAUAAAGAGAGAGUAGAACCAGAACCAUAAAGAGAGAGUAGAACCAGAACCAUCCGAGUCAAAGAACUAAAACAGACAUUAAUACUAACAGUAGGGGAGACCGGGGCGUGUCAUCACAUGGGGAGGUUGUAGGGCUUCACGACAUUGGAAAAAACUAAGGCUACGUUCACUCUGCAGGUUCUGACCCACAAUUCUGAUUUUUUGUUAACCCCGAUCUUGUAGUGAGGUUGUUCAUAUUAAAACAACAAAUACGGCAUCUAAAGUUUAAUAGUUUAUUAAGGAUCCCCAUUAGUCUACACUGCAGUGGAGACUAUUCUUCCUGGGGUCCAGGCAAAAACAUCACACAAUCACAAAACUGAUCAUACAAUGCAGUACAGCAUGAUCAAUAAUAACAUUCUGUAAUACAAAAAUAGCAACAACAAAAAACAAAAAAACAAUAACUUGGAGUUUACACAAUAAUGCUCAUACCAAAGCCUAUAAUUUACACAUUAGUGUAGCAAAGACAAACAAUAUUCUGAGUGACGAAAAAGUACCAUAAUGAAUAAAAUAUGACACAAAGUACUUACAAAAUCAAGAUAAUAUCAAUAUAAAAACAACCAGAAACAAAAAUGAAUUUAAGCAAAAAAUAAGUAGAAGAAAAAUGAACCAGUCAUGACAUUCGAUACAAUCUAAAAUAAUCUCUUUCCACAAAACUUCUCCUCUCAGUCUGUUCUUAAAACCCACUCUGCUGGUGAUGGAUCUCAGAUAUGGUGGAAGUCGAUUCCAGGAGGUGAUUGCUCUAAACAUAACAGUCUUUUUUUUAAAAUAUCAGUUUGGGGUUUAAGGCGGGUGAACAGAAUGUGUCCGUGAAGUGACCCGCAUUCGGAAAAGCACAAAUAUCUUUCCGCUCCUGUUUGUGUUGUUGAACAAUGGUGACGUUUGUCUCAUAUUGAUGACGUAAAGGUCGGAUGAACUCGACCUGAGCGUCACACUGCAGUCACAUCAGAUACAUAUCUGAUUUAUAUCCACAUACAGAAGAGGGUCGGAUCAGAACCAAUCAGAACUGACCUGUUCACACUUAGAUGAAAACAUCAGAUAUGAACGUAGACUCAGAGAGGUUCAGAGAAGUGCAGCAUAAAAACGAGAGCGCUCUGUGGAGUCUGAGUGGGAGGAACACUUUAAAAUGAGGCGUCGGAGGACCUCAGAGACCCGGUCUGUGGUCUACGGAGGAGAGAGACUGUUUUAAAGAGAAACGGAGGGACGGUGAAACAUGAUCUGUUUUCUGUCUGACAGAUUAAAACUCCAACUGUUUGUUUUUGACAAAAUAAUCAGUGAGCAAACAGGUGAAGUUCAGUAAGUAAAAUCAAAAAUUAUGUUUAAUAUGAAGGAAAUUCUCUCCAGAAGUUCAUGAGAAAUUGGACUCAAACUUUAUUCUAAACAGCUGUUAGAGGUUUUUUUUAGAGUUUGACAGGAACACUGUUAAUCUGCCUAAUUUAGUGUGUUUCAUUAAACAGUUUUAAAGGACAGUAUGUAAUUUUAAAAAAAUAAUCUGAGACAUAAUCUGGUGUUAUAAUCUGUCCACUGAUGGGCUUUAAACUGAAGGGAUUCUCAUUCAAACACAAACCUGUUACUGUUCAGUUGAAACCAUGAACCGGUUUGUAGGGCUGACCACACCCACCCAGUGAUGUCACUGACCGGCGAGGUCGUACGACAGGCUCUUUGGUAUUUAAACUGUUUGAGUCGUUCUUUCUAAUCUGAUGAAUUAUUGUUGUUUUGUUGUUAAUUUCCUGAAGUUUCAAACCUUUUGUGUUUUUAGUUUGAGUCCGUUUGGGUUUUUAGUUCGAUUUGAGAUUCUGGAUCACUGAGAGGUUCUGGGUCGGCCCACAGCGCUGAGAGCUGCUGAGAGGGAAAUCACUGUAACACCGUCAGGUCAGGGUUGUGGCGCUGUGGGCAGGUACAAAGUCCUGCUGAAAAAGGUCAAUCUGGUCUGUAUGGAGGGACGACUGAACAUCAGCAGAGUUAUACUGCUGUCUCCCUCAUGACCUUUGAACUCCGACCUAAGAAAGAACUCGUAGCGUGUCGUCUUGGUGUCUGAGUGUCUAAACCGUCUUCUCUCUGUCCUGUAGAUACGUCAUCGACGGGGCCACGGCGCUGUGGUGUGCGGCGGGGGCGGGGCACUUUGAGGUGGUACGCCUGCUGGUGACCCACCACGCCAACGUUAACCACACCACCAUCACUAACUCCACCCCCCUACGAGCCGCCUGCUUCGACGGCCGCCUCGACAUCGUCCGCUACCUGGUGGAGAAUAAUGCCGACAUCAGCAUCACCAACAAGUACAACAACACCUGCCUGAUGAUCGCCGCGUACAAGGGCCACACGGACGUGGUCAAGUUCCUGUUGGAGCAGGGGGCGGACCCUAACGCCAAAGCCCACUGCGGGGCCACGGCCCUGCACUUCGCGGCCGAGGCGGGUCACCUGGAGAUCGUCAAAGAGCUGGUGCGCUGUCAGGCCGCCAUGGUGGUGAACGGACAUGGCAUGACUCCGCUGAAGGUGGCGGCAGAGAGCUGCAAGGCCGAUGUGGUGGAGCUGCUGCUGGCGCACGCCGACUGUGACCCCCCCAGUCGCAUCGAGGCCCUGGAGCUGCUGGGAGCCUCGUUCGCCAACGACAGGGAGAACUACGACAUCCAGAGGACGUACCAGUACCUGCACAUGGCCAUUAGGGAGCGCUACAGCGACCCCGACAACAUCAUCGCCAAGGAGCUGCUGCCGCCCAUCGAGGCCUACGGCGGGCGCUGCGAGUGUCGGACGCCUGAAGAACUGGAGGCGAUUCGAGUGGACCGGGACGCUCUCCACAUGGAGGGGCUGAUGAUCCGGGAGCGAAUCCUGGGCUCGGACAACAUCGAUGUGUCACACCCCAUCAUCUACCGCGGCGCCGUCUACGCCGACAACAUGGAGUUUGAACAGUGCAUCAAACUGUGGCUCCACGCGCUGCGUCUGCGGCAGAAAGGAAACAGGAACACUCACAAAGACCUGCUGCGCUUCGCCCAGGUCUUCUCUCAGAUGGUCCACCUGAAGGAGCAGGUCCUGGCCUCGGCCGUGGAGCAGGUUCUGGGCUGCAGCGUGGUGGAGAUCCAGAGGAGCAUGUCUCGGGUCGAGACGGCGACGGAGUCUGAGCUGCCGCAGGCCAUGGACAACUACGAGUCCAACGUUUUCACCUUCCUGUACCUGGCCUGCAUCUCCACCAAGACCACCUGCAGCGAGGAGGAGCGCGCACGCAUCAACAAGCACAUCUACAACCUGAUCCAGCUGGACCCGCGCUCCCGUGAAGGCUCCUCCCUGCUCCACAUGGCCAUCAGCUCCAGCACGCCGGUCGACGACUUCCACACCAACGACGUCUGCAGCUUCCCCAGCGCUCAGGUCACCAAGCUGCUGCUGGACUGCGGCGCGCAGGUCAACGCCGUCGACAACGAGGGCAACACCCCGCUGCACGUCAUCGUCCAGUACAACCGGCCCAUCAGCGACUUCCUCACGCUGCACGCCAUCAUCAUCAACCUGGUGGAGGCCGGCGCCCACACGGACAUGACCAACAAGCAGAAGAAGACGCCGCUGGACAAAAGCACCACGGGCGUGUCGGAGAUCCUGCUGAAGACGCAGAUGAAGAUGAGCUUGAAGUGCCUGGCGGCGCGCGCCGUGCGGCAGCACCAGAUCACCUACAGGAACCAGAUCCCCAAAACGCUGGAGGAGUUUGUGGAGUUUCACUGA